UAAUCGAAAGAUACAUAUCCGAAAUUUGUACCAAAACAAAACAAAUGUUGUAAAGGCACAGCUAUCGCCUCUUUCCUUCGGUUUAUCAUUGAAAAUCCUAGAAAAGGUAUACAGUGGAUGCAAAAUGUCUGAAAAGGAGUUCCGUUUGGACCCAGACAGCGAACUCAGGUUUGAGGUUGAGGGCAAGCAGGAUACAGUUGAUCUCACAUUGGUAAAUGGCAAAGCUGAAGUGUUUGGCACAGAACUAGCACCAGAUAAGCCGUACACCUUCUUCCCUGGAGCAAAAGUAGCAGUGUUCACCUGGCAUGGCUGUGUUCUCAAGCUGUCUGGCCCAACAGAGGGAACAUAUGUGGCAAAGGAAACCCCAAUGGUUAUGUACCUUAAUACACAUGCAUGCUUGGAGCGGUUGCGCAGGCAUGCAGAUGAAGGUCUUAGCCGAGGAGAGGAUACCAGAGGACCAGUAACCAUGGUUGUUGGUCCAGGAGAUGUAGGAAAGUCAACUCUGUGCAGAAUUCUCCUCAACUAUGCUGUGCGGAUGGGACGUCGGCCCAUCUUUGUAGAUUUGGAUAUUGGACAAGGAUCCAUUGCAAUUCCAGGAACUAUAGGUGCACUGCUUGUUGAGAGAGCUGCUGAUGUUGGGGAAGGCUUUUCUCAGGAGGCUCCUCUUGUGUACAACUUUGGGCACCUGAGUCCUGCAUCCAACAUGACUCUGUACAACAUCCUUGUCUCACGCAUGGCUGCCACCAUUCAAGAUAAGAUGGUUGGCAAUAGAAAAGUUGCUGCCUCAGGGGUGGUUAUCAACACAUGUGGCUGGAUUAAAAAUGAAGGUUACAAGAGUCUGACACAUGUUGCGCAGGCCUUUGAGGUUGACGUGAUCAUUGUCCUUGACCAGGAGAGACUAUAUAAUGAACUCGUCAGAGAUAUUCCCUUCAUUAGGGUUGUUUUCUUGCCCAAGAGUGGAGGUGUGGUAGAGAGAACUCAAUCCAUGAGGGCAUCUGCUCGUGAUGACCGCAUCAGAGAAUACUACUAUGGACUGCGCACCAAGUACCACCCACACAGUUUUGAGGUGAAGAUGAGCACGCUCCAGAUAUACAAGAUUGGUGCUCCAGCCCUCCCAGAUUCCUGCAUGCCUGCUGAUAUGAAGGUGGAUGAUCACAUGACCAAACUUGUGCCUGUAGAGCCUAGUGUAAAGUUAAAGCAUCACAUGUUGGCUGUAAGUCUUGCAACAGAACCCGAGGACCUCUUGACCUCCAAUGUCGCUGGAUUUAUUUGCGUACUUGACGUUGAUGAAGACCUCAAAGUCAUGAAGGUCUUGUCUCCACAACCAAAGCCACUCCCAAAAACAAUUUUGAUUUUGACAGAAAUUCAGUUCAUGGACUCAUCGUAAAAUGAAGAGUGUUUUUGUAAUUUCUCGUAAAUCAUGUGGUAUUACA